AGUCGCUAGGCGCCGGGCUCGUGUGUGUGGGAGCCGAGCUCAGACCUAGCAGGGAGCCCCGGAGCGAGAAGCCGGGAGGGCCGAGGUCAGUGCCUGUCUGGACGGACGCGCGACGGGGCCACGCGAGCGGGGUCCCUGCUGUGGGCUGGAGCGGCUGCUCGGUCCCGGUUGCCCUCCAGGAGGAAAAGGUGGGCUGCGAGAAGCAGGCUGCGAACAAGCAAGCAGCUCUGAAGCGGGAGUUUCGUCCGCCCCACGCGCCAAGAAGCUCCUCUCCCGCGCUCGAGGUCCCAGGAGCGCAGGGGGCCACCACCAAACUCCGGAGGAGGCCCGGCUCCUUGGGCAGGGAAGCUGUUCUGAGGGACAAGGAGCAGCAGGAGGUGGUGGCAGCAUCAGUUCCAGCCCUGGCAGGGGGAACCAUCAUCCAGCGAGCCCUGGUCCUAACCCCCGCAGGCCAGCCUGGUGGUGGGCAGGGACCUUGGUGGUUGCCAUGUCUCAUUGGAGCCCACCGGGCAGAGGUGGUGGCCUUAGUCCUGCUGGCAGCAGCCUGCCUUGGCUAUGAGGAUGGGCAGUGGCGGGUCCUCGGGGAGGGAGGAGCGGCUGCCAUCAGCUGCCGAAGAGCAGCUGAGUGGCGGGGAUCAGAUGCUGGAGCUCUCGGGGCGCCACUUCAAGAAACUGCCCUUGCCAGUCUGUGCCCUGGGCACCCUGCAGAAACUGUACAUCAGUGGCACGGGGAUAACGGAGCUGCCUGAGGAGAUCGAAGGGCUGCAGGAGCUGCGCAUCCUGGCCCUGGACUUCAACAAGCUGGAGGAAGUGCCCGAGGCCCUGUGCCGCCUGCCCAACCUGACCCGCCUCUAUCUGGGCAGCAACCGCCUCUUUGGGCUUCCCGCAGAAUUCUGCCAGCUCACCACACUCCGCUGCCUGUGGAUCGAGAGCAACUACUUGUACCACUUCCCUCGGGUUUUGCUUCAGAUGCCUUGGCUGCAGUCCCUGCAGAUGGGAGACAAUCGGCUCAAAACACUGCCCAGCGGCCUGCCACGCAUGAGGGGACUUCGUGGGCUCUGGCUGUAUGGGAACCGCUUUGAGGAGUUCCCCAAGCCUUUGCUCUGCAUGACACAGCUUCACAUCCUCGACCUUGACCGCAACAAGCUGACUGAAUUCCCUGACCUGAGCCACCUGCGGAGGCUUCGGCUCUUCUCCUAUGACCACAAUCCAGUGGAAGCACCGCCCAACGUGGCUGACACAGUCCUGGUAGUGGGCGAAGGGGCUCAGGAGUUUCUGGAGGCUAGGGAGGAACGUCUCCAGGCCCUUCGGGAGCAGGAAGAAGAAGAAGAAGAGCAGGAGGAGAACGAGUCUGAAGUUCUGCAGGCCCAGAUGAAAAAUGACUCUUCCAUGUUGGAUGAUGGAGAGGGAAGUUACUGUGCCCAGGAAUGUUCUCCAGAGACGACAUGAAAGGCUACAACAAUUAACAUGGCUGCUGCUGUAAAAAUAAAAAUCUGAUGGAUGUUGGUAGGCUUUUGGCUCUACUGCUUGACAGGGUAUUAGGAGCUGGGCAUGCACUAGGCUCAGGAGGAGCCACCAUCUCUGAGGCAGGUUGACGGGACCUUGGCGAUCCCUUGUAAAGAACACACGGCAGCAACUCAUCAGAAGGCUUGCUGUCUUUUUUCUAUGUGGAGCCAUGCUUGACCCUAGUCCAUAUAGCUGUAAUGCACUAUGGGUAACUUGUAAGCACCCUACCGAGUCCUAGGACACAAGGGGUGGAAAUAGGAGGUACUGUAUAGGAAAAAGUAUUCUCAUGAUGGAUCAUUUCCUUGCAUCAAAUCUUUGAAAUGCUAGUCCUUUUGACCCUCACCCAAGACAUGGGUAAUGGUCACAUCCUGGUGGAAAAGUACAACCUGCCUCUCUCUGGGCAGUAAUCACCUCCUUGGGCUUCCUGCAAAAUUCUGCCAGCCGAAGACUUGAAGUGACUUUCCUGUGCUGCUCUGAGAGUCUGCUGUAUCUUUGGGCGAUUCCUUUCUGGUUUUCUGAUAUGCUACAGUGAGUCUUGACAAGUCAGGAUAAAGCCAUCUUGUUCUCUCCCCCUUCCUACCUAUUCUUACCCACCUUGAACUCUGAGCCCUGGAGGGCUACAGAGUUAAGUGUGUGAAUGUAACAUCUUUCAUCCCAGGAUUUUUUUAUCCUACUACUGGAAUUAGACUUGGAGAGAGAAACGUCCUUUGGACUGCUCCGUCCAGCUGUCAGGUUUGAGAAGAAGCUCAUGCGAAAGCUUUGUUUGUGCAGAGAGCUCCCGGUCCAGGAAAGAGCUUUGCCUCCAGUCUUUGUAUGGUGGGAAAGGAGCCUUGUGCCUUGCCCUGCUGCUUUUCCUGACUUUUUAUUCCCUUAAAAGGGCACAGAAGCAAAACUGGUAUGACCUGGGCCACCGCAGACUUCUUGUGGGUCUUGGGUGGAUGGGUGGUAGCCACAGGACUUUCCCCCCAGCUCAGAAGGUGGCAGGUUCAUUCUUGUGGGGGCUGUUGGGCUAGAUUUGUAUUAAAUCUAAGCAAUAAAGGCAUGUCUAAGAAGGGAGUAAGAAAGGAGGAAUGCGGGGAGGGGGGCACAAAUUCUCAGGGAGGUUGCUCCAAAAGCAGGAGACCAAAGCUCUUGGGCGGCAUCAGGGGCUAUUUUUAAAGAGUAUUGUAAACAGAAUUAUAACACCUAAGUGAAAGGAAGCAAGGUUCUCAGGCAUUCAUGUUGAGAUAUAUAUACUGUAUGUAUAUAAACUUCUUUUUCCUCUGCCUGUUUCAGCACUCCACUCUUUUUUGCACUUCUUUCUGCCUCCCUGAUAUCUCUUUGCUUCUGACCCCCUCCCACUGUCCUCCUCCCCUCCAUUGCUCUCCACUGUUUCCCCCCUUCCUCUCUCCUCCAGCACACACCUCUUCGUCAGCUGUGUUCAGUCCCUCUCUGGACCGAUUCCACUAUGUUCAGCCUCAAUCUCGAUAUCUCUGUUGGCAUGGCUAUCCAAGCAUUGCCAAAGUUAACAUCUUUGUAUUGGAAUGAAUUUCAAAAAAGCAAUGGGUGUUUAUGCUAUGCUUCUAAUUUUAUUACAGUUUAUUUCUCUUCCAUUGGCUGACUGCCACAAAACAUUGUGCUACUUAUGCCAUCUCUUUUCUUUCCCUAUAUACCGCCCCCACAGCCAGUUUUUAAGUUUCUGAUGGAGUGGGGGAAGGAUUCCUCUUCUGUGGAAUGUUGUGCAAAGAGACUGAAUGCAAAAUAUCAGUGUCACUUUGGGGUUGGUUUCAGAGAGGUGAUUCAUGCAAAAUGUUUUCACACUCUUUAUUAGUUCAGCCACAUGGUCAUCCUAACCCCCCACCUUUAAAUAAGUCUAUUACCCUAGAUCUGUGGUUACACACCUGGGAAUGUCAUGUGCAGUUUCCACCUGACAGCUAAUAUGGUGUUGUUUACAAUUGAACUCCACUGAACUACUGGCAAUUAUUGUCAGAAUCCACUUCCAUUUUUAGCAUCGUACAGUUAACUGCAGCAUGUUGAUUGUGUGAAUAGGCUUGUGCCUGAACUCUUGGUUUGCAUAUUGUCUUGACGAACUGCAGAGUUGGCAGGAACCAGUUUGAGCUUUAUGCAUUCUAUUCCAAUUAGGUCAGUGUUCCCUAAACUUUUUUGUUUCUCAUUAAGAGUCUCAGCAGUUGUCUUGUUUUUAUUGGGGUAACACCUUUGAUUAUUCUCACUGAGAAAUAAUUACUAACAAGCCUGCAGUGCUGAAUUUCCCCCAUCACAACAUCUGAUUGGAAGUGUUUGUAUGGCACAGGUGACUUUUGAGAAUGAAAGGCCCUGUUAUUAGCUUGAUUUUAAUCUUAUGUCAUUUUAGCUAAUAUUUUUCCUUUCUAGGAUGUUAUACAGUAUUCUAAAAGUCUUGAAACAAGCCCUUAAUGGCAUAUGUCACAUAUCUCCUUUGGUAUUAAGGACAGUCCACCUUUGAGAAAGUUAUCCUUGGUAGCCAAGCCGUAAGGGCUAUGGGAAGGUGCAAUGGGAAAAGGUGCAACAGCUUUACUAAUAAUGUGGUGUGGCCCAUAUAGUGAAGAACGACGAGUAUUUAUAGUACAAUGAAAUGGCAAGAAAGGAAUGAUAUUCUAAUGACUAAAUGUUACUGGGGUUUAUUUGUAUGCUUGGUUACAUCCAUACUAGUUUUAUUUAAAGGUGCUGAAGUAUUGCCUUUCUGAAAUUAGCUGGAAACAGAAUUAAAGUGGUAAUUACACCUGGUACUAACUAUAGCACUAUAUUGAUUGCAAUGCCCAUCCCUAUGGUGACGUCCCAAAUAUCUAAGAUAUUUACGCAAAGAUCCCAUGCGACUUUAAUUAGAAGCUUCCACUUUAUAGUUUAAAUCUCCAGUUUCUUUCUGGGUUUUUUAUGAGCCUUGGUUUUGCAGAUGAAUGACUCCUUAAUCCAGGCACCCCCAAACUUCGGCCCUCCAGAUGUUUUGGACUACAAUUCCCAUCAUCCCUGACCACUGGUCCUCUUAGCUAGGGAUUAUGGGAGUUGUAGGCCAAAACAUCUGGAGGGUCGCAGUUUGGGGGUGCCUGCAUCAGUCAGUGCCUUUCCUCCAACAGGCUUGGGGACUUAAUUUCUGUUUUCCUCUAUUCUUUCUUUCUUUCUGAAAUAUAGCUGUUUUGCAAUUAAAAAAGUAAAAGAAAUAUUAAGGGGAGGAAAACGGUAUCUAAAAUGCCCACUGGUGGAGAGCAGGAACUGAUUUAAUUAAAGGGCAAAUGAAUCAAUAAUGCCCAGACCAUAUUGAACAGUAAACAAUUGGAGGCAAAAGCUGCAAGGAAGAAGUUUCUAAUUAAAAGCACAAUGGUGUGAGAAGUCUCAGUAGAGCUGUGCUUGCUGAAAGAGAAAGCUAGUGUUAAGUUCUUUUAUUAUCCUUUUCUAAAUGAAGAGAAUCACCACAAAUCAGGUCUGGAGGAAACAGGCAACACAAGAGAAGUAGAAUGCAUCAUCUGGAUAAUUGGUAAAAAGUGAAUGAAUGAAUGAAUGAUGGCAGUUGCAGACUUAAUGGCUAGUGUGCACUUGAGGCACUUAAAAAUACGAAACCCUUUAACCCAAGUACAGUUUUUGAAACUAUCGUUGCUCACUGUCCCAGGCCACUCAAAACCAAGUGAAAUCAAAAUGUUUUACACUGUUUUGAGAGGAUGCAUGCUCAGACUCCCUUAAGUCUUCAGGGGUGUUCCACAGACAAAGGGCAGCCACUAAGAACACCUCUCCGUGAGUGCUGUGAAUGUUAAACUUGAGAGGAUGCUUCCAAAUAUUAUUGGAGCUUACAAUGAAGCAGAGGGAUGGAGGCCAGUUGGUCAGGUAUGUUUGGCCCAGUUUGUUUAGGGCUUCAUAAGUCCCAACACAUUAACAGUGUGAUCCUAUACAUGCCUACCUGGAAAUAAACCCCACUUGAAUUCAGUGGAACUUACUCCCUGGAAAGUAUAUAGGACUGCAGCCUAUAUUUAGCCUGUAAGGCAGUAUAGAGCCAGUGCUGAUGGUCUAUCACGGGUGUCAUAUGCUUCUUGUGACUCAUCCCCUUCAGAAAGUGAGAAGUGAUGUUUUGUACCAGGUGACAUUUCUGUACUACUUUUGAGGGGCUUACCCACAGAAAACACAACCACCUAACGUAGAAAUUGUUAAGUAUGAAUUCUGAGCUGAUCUUAAAAGAAAAGGCUGCAAUAGAGCUUAAGGCAAGCAUUCAGUGCUGCAACUUGAGUGUCUAAAUUCGGAUAAAUAAAUCCAGGAGCACCUGAAGACUAUGAGCCUGAUAGUAUGGAGUGUGCUCAGAGUCCCAAAUUCUUUCCAAGUCACAUGAUCUUCCAGUCUUUAUUACUGUACGUUAAUCAUGCCUGCACAUAAUUACCAUCAUUUCACCUCUCAUCCAGCUCCCUAAAUUGAAGAAAUUAAAAAGAUAGCACUUGUAUGCCAUCUUUCCAAGAAAUGCCCAGGUUGGUGAACUACACCCAACUUUGCUCAUAAGGCAAAAACUGUUCAGCUCUUGCAGUAGGUAUUCUUGGCAGGGUGAAUGUCAGAGCUGGAUUAUUGAGAGAGCUGGAUUGAGAGCUGGAGGGGACAAGGUAGCUGGAGAGCCUGAGCUAGGAAUUGGGUGAAAUCACUAGGUGGCCAGAGGCAGGCAAGCUACGUUCUCUCAGCUUAAUAACAGGGGGGGAAUAAUAGCACUACCCCUAUUUUUCAAGGCCAUAAUAAAAAGUACAUGAUGAUGAUAAUAACAAAUAAUAUAUUUAUAUCCCCUUUAUUGUUUAUUUCCCCAAUGCACAAAGUGCUUACAAUAAUCAUAAAGAAUAAUAAAGCAUAUGUAAAUAAAAAUAAUGCAUGACAAGUGCUUUUAACAUUUUGACAGUGCUAUAUCCAUUUUAAUUGAUGCAGUUACUAUUCCUUUAAUGACCUUGAGAGCCUCUUCAGCCUUGCUGUGCAGCAGUAAGUAGAGGCUAUUUCAAAGGCUCCACAGAAGUGCUCCAGCGCUGACUCGCAGUUCAUGUAGAAUAACAUUUGUUUGGUUACAAACAAAGCUAUUGUUUCAUAUUGUCUUGGGAUCUGGAGUUCUUUGUUUGGGACGGAGGUACCACUGAGUCCUUGUGAGAAGCUGUGGCCAAACAAUGUUGUGAGCGAUUGGAGAAACGUUUUCAUUUGUUUUCAUUUUAAAGUAGUUGGUUUGGGCAUUUUAGGGAAGAUUUAUUCAUGAACACUUUUUCCAGGCUCAUUCUUUCAGAGACACAUUUUCUUUGUAUCCAGAAAUAUUGAUGCAGCUGCUAAAGAUAACCCAAUCCCUCCUGCUAACUGCAAAUUACUGGUUCCCAUUGCUUGAUGCUUUGCAGGUACUGAAGUGCUUUUUAUUCUGUGGGAAUACUGGGAAUUGCAGAAUUCACAGGGCCUUGAACUCUCAAGUUCACGUUAUCUGCACCUAGCAUUGAAGAGUUAUUAUGCCAGAAAUGGCCAAGCCCUCCCCCCCCAACCUCCGUUAGGAGUUUGUGUAAAUGUUUUUUUUUUCUAAAUCAGUGGGAGAAUGCUAAAAUAACACUUCCUGGCUUUUGCAUCCCUAGGUUCACUUUAUUUUUAGAUCUCUCGCUCUCCCCCAUCCUCUUCCUCUCCCCAGUAUUUUUCAUAGUUUUUGGGUGCUUUUUUCCCUCCACCCCCAAGCUUAAAGAACCUUUCAAAAUCAUGCACAUUCCAGCUGGUGAGGCAUUGGAAUGAAAAGCACAUAUUGGGAAGCUUAUUAUAAAAUCUGAAGUUGGCAGCACUUCUGCUUUGUUUAUUCAGUAGAAUUUGCAUUUAGUUGUGGCUCUUUGAGAGUCCUGGGUUUUGAUCUUCGUUGUCUUCAUGGCAGUGUUUUGGCAGCACAGAUCUUUUCCUCUAGCUUGUGUGAACCUUUGGAAUGCACUGUACUGAAUGUUGACGUGACUAAGUAGCUCAUGUAAGAAGUCUGUAGGAAUCCAUGUUGGAGUCUCUGCAUCUCAUUCCUGGAUGACUCACUUUUGCUGUCAUCAUGCCCACCUUCUUUUCUCUCUCUUUCUUUUUCAAUCCCCUAUCUUGUCCCUCCUUCUACUAAAUUCCGUCAGGAUGUACAAAGAUUGUUACACCUUCAUGAUCAUGCAUGGCAAGGUGUUGUACUGCACAGAGUGGCCUCCUUAGUAUAUUCUUCGUCUCAGAGCUGGGCCAUCCAGACACUGUUAAAAGAUGCUGUUUUUACUCUGGCUUUUCCUUGUGCUCUUGUACCCCUGCUCUGUACUGUGUCUGGCUGAGCCAUGUUCUCCCUGUCCCUACAGGGUGUACCCACGGCUUUUUUCCCCAGCCAGAACUCGCCAGAACUUAGUUCUGGCACCUCUCAGGUUGGGACCAUUGCCAUUCUAAGAGAACAAGGAAGGCAUUCAUGGUGAGUUCCAGCGCUUCUUUUUCUAGAAAAAUAGCACUGGGUGUACCCCUCUUCCCAUUCUGUUUUGUGUAGAAAUACCUCAGGGGGAGCCAUGAGGAUUUGACACCCCAGCUAUGCAUGCUCACUAAAGGUCAGGCUUUAUAAUUACUUUUAAGGCCCUUACAGUGACAAGGUACUGUACGUCUGCUUAGGUAUAGUUGAGAGUGUGCUGCAUACAAAACCCAAAGAGACAGAGUGUGUUUUAAAGUGUGGGGCAUAACUGUCUCUUGCAAUUUUUGACAGCUACGGUAUGCUGUUUUCUUUCUGAGUGAAACUGGGGGCCAUUUCCCCCACUCCUUGUUCAAAGAUGGAUAGGGCUGCCACGGGUCCCAUAGAAUUGCUUUGGUGGCUAGAUCUGGCCUCUCUUCUACCACGUGAUCAUCCUUUGUACUUAUGAUCACUAAUUCUGAGAUGAAUGUAAAGAGUAUGCAUUUUACCUCAUGAACUUGUUUUUUAAAAACACAUGCAGCAGAAGACUGAAGUCUCUAGAUAGACUUCUGCAGGCUUUGUUCCAGGAUAACUGAUCAUGUACACACGCUCAAAAGGAACUCUGAUUAGUUAGAUCAUACAUAGCUUUGCUGCUGUCAAGUUGAGGGAUUCAGAUCUUACCAAUCUUAAACUGGUUGUGUAUCUGAACAUCUUGAACCAUCAGCGCUGCCUUUAUUGUAAAUGAUAAUAAUAAUGUUCUUUGAUCACUGGCAUGAUAUGCUUUGUAUCUUGUUUUAGUAUCAAUGCAUCUGUUUCCAUCUGCGCUUUCUGACUGGGCUCCCAAGCCUACCAAGUAGAAAGGAAGUCUUUCUCUGAGAAAAAGCAUGGUUUGGAAGGGCUCUGGGUAAACAAGACUACCAAGAUGAUGGAAAGAGAGGGAGGUAUACUCCUCCUUUCAAGAAAACCCUUUUUUUGGGGAGCGGAAAGUUGGCAAUGUAAAGAGAGUUGAGUAUUUUAAGCUAUGCUAAAUGUAAUAUAAUGAUACAAAAUGACCACGAUGGCUCUUUGCAAGGAAGGAAUAUAAACAGGAACAUCUUUCAGAUGCCACAGCUCUGUUGAAGUCAGUGGACCAUCUGUGCCCAGCUAUCAGAGAAAGUCGCGUAAGCCUCUUGCAGUUCUGUUUCAAAGGCUCAUCUAACUUGGAGGUUAAAAGUAGAGGCAUCCUAUCUUUUAUCUGGAUGUGACAUUGGGUAGGAUGCAUUGCCAUAGUGAUCCACAAAUGUCUACAUUAAGCUUCAUAAGAUUUCAGCAAUAUCCUGAAUUGAUUCACUGUCUCAUUUAGCCAGAAUUGUCUGUUCUUCUUCUUUUUUUUUUUGGCUCUCCUGGUUCUCAAGCAGUCAGCUUUCCCAGCCAAGCUGGAGUUGGGCAAAAUGGAGAUGAGCAACUGAGCAUUGUUACAUGUUGUGGUGCGAUUGUUUGCAUCACCCCUCCUGCACCCGAUUUUCCUACUACUGUAUAAUCACUGGUCAAACAUGUUCAAAAAGUCAGGUUUCCCUGUAGAAAAAUACUCUUGCUUCUUCAGGGGUGCUAGGCAGACCCUCUAGCUCAGAGUCAACAUGGAUCUUAUUUUUCCAUGUGGACUUUUUUUUUACACAUUUGCCCACACAAGAGUGCUUUCAGUUGAACUCGUACCUCAAUGUUUUCCCGCCCAUACUGCUGCGAGGUGCUUGAUGGCAUGCAUUCACACUGUGUUUUUGUCUCCUCCUUUCCUCUCCCUGAGUUUCAGAGAUCUGAGGUCCAUUGGGGUAUUUGUUUGCCUAUGCACAUGGCCAUUUUUUUGGGGGGGGGAUACAAGUUUUCAAUAAAUCAGACUUGCACAAAACAAUGGGUUAACACUUUAAAAAAAUAUGUAGGUGUAUUGUGGCUGGCCCUACCAGCAACCCACUGAGGAGCAUCUCACCAAUGGAAAUAGUAGAUGGCACCCAGGAAAACAUUACCACGCUCUCUCUCUUUCUCUCUCUACACAUUUCAGUUCAUCCACAAUUGAGUGAUGCGAUUUUAUGUUGAAGCUUACUUUUCCUUAGAUCUUUUCCCCAGAUCUUUCAGGAAAAUAUUGAGUCAAGCAGGUCAAAGUGCAGGCUGUUACUUGGAUGAGUUCAAUAUUGUGUAGGCAACAUGAACAUGGUGUGUGCACACAGCCUUAUAGUUUAGAUUUUUCAUAUCAGGUGUAUCAGUAGUUACAAACUGGAAACUUCAAGAGAGAUUUUACAAGCAAAAAAGGAGAUAUCUUUCAAAGACUUACAUUCCAAAAGGAGAGCCUUGAGGAACUUUUUGUCAAAGUAUACAGUCAUAGGUUCACCACAGUUACAUUAACACAUCUGUGACUGCUAAGUCUUUCAUAUUUCUCAGUCUUAUUCCAGCUAAUUGUCUACUUCAUUGAUGCAAAGGAGUCUGUUCCAUAGACUGCAGUUGAGAAGGGUCAGUCAUCAUAGUGACUCCUCCAGUGGCAGGACUGUUACCGUGUUUCUCACAUUUUAAGACGUCCCUAUAAAAUAAGACAUGGCACGAUUUUCUGGAGGCAAUAAAAUAUAAGGCAUCCCCCAAAAAUAAGACAUGUUGAGUGGGAGCAGUGGUGGGAGCAGGUCUGCAUGGCGCUUUUGCAGCGUGCGCCUCGCCGAGCGCUGCUGUUUCUCCCGGGUCCCGCUCAGUCGGGACUCUGCGCGGUGUGCGCUACUGUCCUUGCCGGCUCCCGCUGAGUCGGGGCUCAGCACAGCGCACGCAGCUGUCUUUGCUGGCUCUUUCUUGAAUGAAUCCCCCACCCCGAAUUCGACCAAGCCCAGAACAGCCUGCCAAUCACACCGACGAGCAACCGACGUCGCUUGCUCCCAGCGGCCGUGAAGGGGCGGGGCUCCGCUCGUGAGCAGGCCGGGGGGCGGGUGAGAGCAGAAGCGGCCAUUGGGUGAGAGGCGUUUCGCGCCUGAAAUGGCCGCCGCCGCUGAACAAUGGACGAGCCUAUGGCGGGAGCAGGGCCCACCGCGGCUGGUCCUGUCGCCAUGGGUGGGGAAAACGAGGCUGAAAGCCGGCAAGGCCCCGCGGACCGGGCCGACGGAGAGUCGCGGCUCAACCUGUUGGACACUUGCGGGGUGUGCGGCCAGAACAUCCAGAGCUGGCGGCCCAAGCUGCUGCCGUGCCUCCACUCAUUCUGCGUGCGCUGCCUACCCCCUCCGCAUCGCUACCUCAUGCUGCCGCCUCCCGCCGUACCUUCGCCGGGCGCUGGCGGCCCCAAAGACCCGCUGCCGCCUUUGCUUCAGCCUUCCCCGGCCCCCUCGUCGCCCGUCGCCACGCCGCCCUCGUCGCUGCACUGCAACCUGGGUAAGGAAGCCCGCGCGGUGGCUGUGUCACGACUGGGGGGUGAGGAGGAGAAGAGCUCGUAGUUAUCUCAGAGAGGGAGAGCCCCGACCCAGCGGGAGCCGGCAAGGGCAGCAGCGCGCGCCGCACCGAGCCCGACCCAGCAAAACUCUGAAAGCUUAAUACCGGUAAAAAAUUAAAAAGCUUAACAAAAAAAAUAAGACAUCCCCUGAAAAUAAGCCAUGGUGUGUUUUUUGGAGUAAAAAUAAAUAUAAGACAUGUCUUAAAAUGUGAGAAACACGGUAUUUCAGAUUCACCAUUCUAGCCGGUGCCAUAGGACUUCUUUAAAGUCCAUGUAAAGCAGUCUUCUUCUGAGUUGGGUCACUGCUUCAUGCAACAGUGUCUUACUCGAAGUGGUUUUGGCUCUUCCAGAUCUCAAGCAGUUGUCUUUCUCAGCCCCACUACCUUAAAUCCUUUUAACUGGCAAUGCCAAGAAUUGAAUCUGUGACAUGCUGUCACCGAAAUGUGAGCAUAAUUCCUGAGCCAGGCUUUUGAGGAUUAUACCAACCGUAUUCUGCUCUUGUGAUCAAUGUGCAGAGGUAAUAAGCUGUUAGUGAACAUAAAUGUGAUAGGCUACCUGUAGGUGGAAAAGCAGGGCAUUUCCCCCAUCCACUGCAACAUUUUCAUGGGUUUCUCUACACACAUAUUCUUUCAUACAAGAAAAAAAAACAUGACAUUGGCUUUUAGACCUACGGUGCUAUAAUAGGGUUAAUUUUCCCCAACCUUAACGAUUCCCUUUAAAAUAAAAAAGCAAGAUUGCAAAGAAACUGCUGUACAAUAAAAGUAAACAGAUCACUUCUGUUAUUGGCAGGUACACGCUGUUAUUUUCAGUUCAUAUCUGCAGAGUUUCAGGAAUUCAGGUUAUAAAAUAAGCAUUGGGGAGGAUCUAUCUAUAUGAACAUAAUGAGACCCCUGGAGAUAUUCAGCUGGAAUACGAACUAUUGGUUUCAUAUUCUCAAGCAUCCUUAAUGCAAGUUAUAAGUCAAAUCUUGUUGCCAUCAGGAUGCUGUUUCACUUCACCUGUGAUUAAGUAACCAGUCUGCCCAACUCUGGCUGGGUUAAGAGAGAAAUAUUUUAGACUAUUCCUCCUUGGUCCUUUCUGCUAUGAAGCAUGUGGUCAGUUGGCAAACUUGCUGGCACCAACUCCUUUUGUUGGGAGAGAGAGAAUCUAUCCAUCAUGUAAAUCCCCUCCUUUGUUACCCCCUUUCCCCCUUUCCCACUCUCCUGGAUCUGGCCUGCAAUCCUGCUGAGAAAUACUCCCGGACCCUGCAGUCAGCACCUCUAAAUUCUGCACCUGAAUACAUAUUUGCUUAAAGUUUCCUGCAACACAAUCCUCCUCCACAUUUCCCCAGAAGCAAAGCCCACUGAGUGCAUUAAGACUCACUCCCAGAUAAGGGAGCAUAGUAUUGCAGCCUUACCUACCUACUCUGAAUGCUUUUGUUUCGGGGACACCACCCCAUCUUCUAUUGUCUGUUCCUGCUAAAGGAGAAUAGACAAGGUAAAUGCAAGCUAGUUGCAAUAGGCAUAUGGGAUUUGAGAUACUGAGGGAGGCAUAGGAAAGGAAGUUCUCUAAAUAAACGGCACCUACCCACCCAAUGGAAGCCCCUGUGCCUCUUUCUCUCUAGGGCUCUUUCCAUUGCUCAUGGAGGCACAGUAAGUUUUCAUUCACCUUUGCUUUGUUAGAAGACUCUCCUGAUAUUUUACCUUUCUCAUAGAAGCUGUCGGAGCAGAUUAAUUUUGGCUUAACAUGUGCCGCACAGAUGUCAUAAUAAAACAUAAUUACCUUGUCAUCCUCUUCACUGGCUUUUCAUCUAUCAACAAUAGCUGUGCUUCUCUUCUUCCUAACACAUUGUUCUAUAUAUUCCACCUGUGCUCCAUAAAGCACAUGACUUUGGGUCACAUUUCUGGGUGAUUAACCACAUGUUGAGUCUGUUUAAAACAACUGUGUUGUUUUAAAGACCACCCCUUAGGAAAAGUUCAUCUGUUCUUGACACCACAACACAUUUUCGUGUCUUGCACUAAUGACACUAAAGGGGGAGGGCAUUUUUCUUGGAAUGUCCUGUCACUUCAAUCUGCUCCUCUUGUCGCAACUGAAGGAUCGCCCCAGCAAGAGCUUGAAUCAGAAGGCCCCCAUCAUCAGCCAAAAGCUUGAGAAGCUUUCAUGAGUAAAGUUCAGUUCAGUUACAUGUUUGAGAGCGACGUUGACUUUGCAAAUAUGUAGUAUGUGUAUGUUUGUGUGAGGUGUGAGCGAGGUUUGCAAUGCAGGUGAGUGACAGGAAGGGGAAAGGAAUAGUUCUCCUUCAAGGAAGGAGAGACUGUGCAGUUUGAGCUUGAAUGCGUCAUCCCAUUUCCUGUAACAUGCAUGCCCAGAAGCAGAGCUGUUUUGCUCCUGUGGCAACAUUCCUUUUGUCUUCUGAAGGAUCUGGUCACCUCUGGCUGGGCUGUGAUCAUCAAAUAACCAGCCCCUGGAGUAGAUCUGUUCUGCAGAAGUUGCAAAGUCCACAGAGUGGGCUGGACACAGCUGCUGACUACCACUUGACUAAGAUGGCUAUGGAAAUUGUAUGAGUGCGAGACUGAAUGUGGAAAAGCUCGUUUUACCCAGAAAUUGCCUUCUAAUCCACCCUUCAUUUUUAACCACAAUUCAGUUGGGGCUGGAGAUGCACAAAUCUGUUAACUUUGGUUUCUCUCUGUUUCUCAUUUUCCCAAUCUUAAAUUGUGUUCUCCCUAUUUCUGCAGCAAUUUGUGAUUUUUGUUUUAAAUAGCAAGCAAGAAAGUCUAUCAGCAUUGUAAUGUGAAUUUCUCCUAAUAUAUACGUUUUUGUACCCAUUGGUUGGGAAACUGCAGUGCAAAAUUAGGAGAUUCAAGUAUUAACUUAAGAAGGGUGAAUUCGGUUGUUUAUCAUUAAAACGCAAACAAAUUUCUCCCCCAUCCCUAGUUCCGUCUAUGGAUGCUUGAGAAAUGAAUUAUUUCUGAAAUCUGAUAUGAACUGACUUGAGCCACGCCUCCCAGAGUAAUGUGCAGAUUGGACUGUAGUGCUCUUUUGGAAUUGUGCACUUCAGCAAAUUUUGUGAUGGAAUCCUCAGCAAAAUGAUUUAAAAUACAUUUCAUAUAUUAAGAAUGCAUUUAAUGCAUGGGCAAAGCAGAGGGUAGGGAAUGGAGAAUAGAAGAGAGAGAAUCCACUUUUUCUUGGGUCGUGCUGGGCUCCUACUGGAAAAGAGGACAGUAGUGAUAGGGCAUUCUUCCCUCCUCUUCGUAUGUAUUUUGGAAGUUAUUUUUAAGUUUCACAGCAUGGAUUCAAAUGAGAGAAUAAUAAACUAAACCAUUGCCAGUUCCAUGCCGGCUUAUUCUAUCUGACUGAAACACCUCCUUCCCCCCUCUCUGAUGUUGGUGGCCCCAAAGGUUGUAGACCCAACCAUAGAUCACAGAACUGAGGCAGCUUAUGAGGUUGGUUCUCCCUCUCCAGGUAUGGAUUUCUAUAUUUGUUCACUUAAGAGGGAGAUAAUCCAGAAUGUGGCAGCUAGACUGGUGACUGGGAGUGGCCGCCGAGACCAUAUAACACCAGUCCUGAAAGACCUACAUUGGCUCCCAAUGUAGGAGCCAUUUCUGAGCACAAUUCAAAGUGUUGGUGCUGACCUUUAAAGCCCUAAAUGGCCUCAUCCCAGUAUACCUGGAGUGUCUCCAUCCCCAUUGUCCAGCCCGGACACUGAGGUCCAGUUCCGAGGGUCUUCUGAUGGUUCCCUCACUGCGAAAAGUGAAGCUACAGGGAACCAUGC